AUGGCGGCGCCCAGCGAGGCGGAGGAGGAGGCGGCAGUUUACCUCGUAGUUAGCGGUAUUCCUUCUGUGUUGCGCUCGGCCCAGCUACGCAACUACUUUAGCCAGUUUCGGGAACAGCACGGUGGUGGCUUCCUCUGUUUCCACUACCGGCAUCGGCCUGAGCGGGCUCCUACCCAGGCCGCUCCCGACUUUGCCCUAACUUCUAUUGACCCUGCCUCUGAGGGCCAGCUUCUCAUCCAGACUUCGGCCACCGAUGCCCAGGAUCGCUCCACUCGGGACUCAGCUCCGGUCCAGACCCGUACCUGCUGCUGCGUCAUCUCGGUACGGGGGUUGGCUCAAGCCCAGAGGCUUCUUCGCAUGUACUCGGGCCGGCGGUGGCUGGAUUCUCAGGGUACUUGGCUGCCGGGUCGCUGUCUCAUCCGCAGACUUCGACUACCUACUGAGGCAUCAGGUUUGGGUUCCUUUCCCUUUAAGACUCGGAAGGAGCUCCAGCUUCGGAAAGCUGAGAAUGAAGCCUUCACCCUGGCGGACCUGAGGCAACUGCCAGAGCUGAACCCACCCGUGCUGAUGCCCAAUGGGAAUGUGGGGACACCCCUGCGGGUCUUUUUGGAGUUGAUCCGGGCCUGCCGACUACCCCCUCGGAUCAUCACCCAGCUGCAGCUCCAGUUUCCCAGGACAGGUUCCUCCCGGCGCUACGGCAAUGUGCCGUUCAAGUACGAGGACUCAGAGACUGUGGAGCAGGAAGAGCUUGUAUACACAGCGGAGGGUGAGGAAAUACCCCAGGGAACCUGCCUGGCAGAUAUACCAGCAAGCCCCGGCGGAGAGCCUGAGGAGGAGGGGGAAAAGGAGGAGGAAAAGUCUCAUUCAGAUGAAGAUGAUGACCGGGGUGAGGAGUGGGAGCGGCAUGAAGCGCUGCACGAGGACGUGACUGGGCAGGAGCGGACCAAAGAGCGACUCUUUGAGGAGGAGAUCGAGCUCAAGUGGGAGAAGGGUGGCCCCGGCCUGGUGUUCUACACCGACGCCCAGUUCUGGCAGGAGGAAGAAGGAGACUUUGAUGAACAGACAGCUGAUGACUGGGACGUAGACAUGAGUGUGUACUACGACAGAGAUGGUGGAGACAAGGAUGCCCGUGAUUCUGUCCAAAUGCGUCUGGAACGUAGACUCCGUGAUGGCCAGGAAGACGGCUCCGUGACUGAAUGCCAGGUGGGCACCUUCGAGCGCCACACCAAGGGCAUUGGGCGGAAGGUGAUGGAGCGGCAGGGCUGGGCCGAGGGCCAGGGCUUGGGCAGCAGGUGCUCGGGGGUACCAGAAGCCCUGGAUGGAGAAGGCCAGCAUCCCAGGUGCAAGCAUGGAUUGGGGUACCAUGGAGAGAAGCUACAGCUAUUUGGGCAAAUUAAGAGGCCCCGUGGAACCGGCCUGGGGCUAAUCUCCACCAUCUAUGAUGAGCCCUUUCCCCAGGACCAGAGGGAGUCACUGCUCCGCCGCCAGCCACCCACUAGCAUGAAGUUUCGGACAGACAUGUCCUUUGUGAGGGGUUCCAACUGUGCCUCAGACAGAACCUCAGAGCCUGAGUGACUGGGUUGGGGGCUUCCUUGGUCAGGAACACCCAUAGCUGCAUGAAGGCAGCCUCUGCCCCGCCUUUUCUACCA